GGCCGACCAGGCGCAGUGGAGGCUGAGCAGCGGCGAGGCGGUCUCGCGUGCGGUGGGGGCGUGUCGGCGGGAAGGCGCGUGGCGGGAGCUUGCGGAGCCGGCCCGCGUGAGCACGCCUUCGUUCCGCACAGAGUCCUACUGUUCCCGACCCCCUGGGAUUUCUCUUCCCGAGGUGGCCAUGGAUGCUUCGACUCUGCCCCCCACACCCUCUUCUCCGAGGUGCAGCCCAGCCCCCCGGACAAUCCACAUUGAGUUCCCUCAUCAUAGCUCUUCGCUGCUGGAAUCCCUGAACCGCCACAGGCUGGAGGGGAAGUUCUGUGAUGUGUCGCUCCUGGUUCAGGGCCGGGAACUUAGGGCUCACAAAGCGGUGUUGGCUGCUGCUUCUCCUUACUUCCAUGACAAGCUGCUUUUGGGGGAUGCGCCCCGACUCACUUUACCGAGUGUCAUUGAGGCAGAUGCCUUCGAGGGACUGCUGCAGCUCAUUUACUCAGGGCGCCUCCGUCUGCCCCUGGAUGCGCUCCCUGCCCAUCUCCUUGUAGCCAGUGGCCUGCAGAUGUGGCAGGUAGUAGAUCAGUGCUCAGAGAUUCUUCGAGAACUUGAAACCUCAGGUGGUGGGAUAUCAGCUGGUGGAGGAGCCUCCUACCACACACUUCUUUCCACAACAUCUUCAGGAGGCUGGUGCAUUCGCUCUUCCCCUUUCCAGAACCCAGCUCAGCCCUCUGCUUCUACAGAGAAUUCUGCUUCUACUGAGAGCCCCAUUGGAGGGGAGGCGAGUGAACUAGAAGAAGUGUUACAGAUUCAGGUGAAAGAAGAAGAGGAGGAACAGGGGUCAGCAGCCCCACUCUUUCAGACUCCUCAACCUCAGAGAAUAUCAGGAGGGUUUUCCCAAGCUUGUGGAUCACACCCACUGCCUACAUCUGCUCUUCCCAGCAAGCCCCCAGAGGAUGAGAGUUCAACCCUUGAGCCUCCUGCCCCUCCUGUACGAGCUCCCCAAGUCUUAUAUGUUAAUCAGGAACCCCUUGAGUCUAAGGAGGAGACGUCAGGAGGUAGGACUCCGUCUGGAGGAGCGAAGGAGAAGACCAAAGCACUCUCUGGAGGGGACUCUGAGGGAAAUGAGGAGCUAAGAUACUUGCUGUCCUCAGGAGGAGGGGAAACAUCUGGGGCAGGAGAUCCAUCCUGGAAACCAGUGGAUCUUCAUGGGAAUGAAAUCCUGUCAGGGGGUGGAGGACCUGGAGGAUCAGGGCAAGCUGUGCAUGGGCCUGUGAAGCUAGGAGGGACACCCCCUGCAGAUGGAAAAUGCUUUGGCUGCCUGUGUGGAAAACGGUUUGCAGUAAAGCCAAAACGAGACCGGCACAUCAUGUUGACCUUCAGCCUCCGCCCUUUUGGAUGCGGCGUCUGUAAUAAACGCUUCAAGUUGAAGCACCAUCUGACUGAGCACAUGAAGACCCAUGCUAGAGCUCUGCAUGCGUGUCCCCAUUGUGGCCGUCGGUUUCGUGUCCAUGCCUUUUACCUUCGCCACCGGGACUUAUGCAAGGGCCAGGGCUGGGCCGCCGCCCACUGGACUUACAAAUGACUGCUCAUGCUCUGUACUGACUUCUAGGGCCAGGGCUGGGCCGCCGCCCACUGGACUUACAAAUGACUGCUCAUGCUCUGUACUGACUUCUAGGGUAAGACAGGGACUGCUGCUGAUGGAGUCUUACCCUUCCCCACGUCAGUCCUGGACUGUGUAGGCAUUCCAAGAGAUUAUAUAUGUUAUGAACCCCUGACUCUUGGCUAUGGGCCUCACCCUGGUGUACUUGGAAGUUCAGGUUUCUCAGUCCAGCUAUUUGUUAAGCAGACUGUAGGAAAGUCAUACUUUUGAUCACGUAACCUAAAUGACCCUUUUUGUGUUGUUAGCCAGUGAGGAAACCACUGACUUCCUACAGGUUAGUGGGAGAAGAGCUGGGACAAGAUGACCCAGAAACUUUGACUUCAUCUUCCCCAGGAGGUCAGGGAGCUGGUGUCCAGCUACGGAUGUGUUUGAUUCAGAGCUCAAGUAAUUGCCACACUAAGCUCUGAGCGUCCUCCCCCACACUGUCAGCCGCUCUGUUUCUAUACUUCUUUUUGCUCCUUCUUUCUAGAAGCUUUUUAGGUUGUACUUUGCUUUCUCACCAGUAGACACCUUCCCAAGUAUCCUGUUAAAAAUGUACUUGAGUAUGCGACAAGUAUGGUGGUGCACACACAUUUAAUCCCGCCACUUGGGAGGCAAGGGCAGACAGAUCUCUGUGAGCUCCAGACCAACCCAGGUACCAUAGUUAUCCAACAUGACAAGUUUCAGGCCAGUCAGGGCUACACAGUGAGACCUGGUCUUAAAAAAAAAAGUACUUGAGCACUUUAAUGCAUUGAGCAUUUCAUAUGUGAUUCCAAAGCCCCUAAGAGGCCCUUUCCUCAACAGCCUUUGCUCUUGUCUACCUUGGACUACCACUGACAACUUGCUUAUGAUCACAGUGACAAACGUGACCAGUGAACUCAGGAGAUGGCAACUGAUCUAAAAUGCUCUCAGGGUAGCACCAUUGCUCUCUGAGCAAAUUGCCCUGUUUAGAAGGACUCAGGGUUGAGACCACACACGGUGAAUUGUGCAGAAUAACUGUAUGGUGAGACCAUACUGCCUCCUUUUCCAUCCUGCCCACAUUUGCUAGAAACAGCUCCUUUGUAGAGGUGGAGGGGUAGAUACUAGAAUGGAGGUGAAGGGAGAUUUAAAGUCACUUCAUUUCAUUACUUAAUAAACUCUUCCCUGAAAUCUAAACUGA